AUGAAAAAGAAGAAGGAAAAAAGUGAAAUAAAAAAAGGUGAUAAAGUAAAAAAGAAAAAGAAUAAAAAAAAUAAUUAUGAAAAAGAUGAGGUACAAAAAUAUAUGGAUGAAUUAUGGGGGUUUAGUUCAUCAGAAGAAGAUGGAAAAAAAGAAGAAAAAAUAAAUAUGACAGAUUUAAAAAAAGAAAAAGAAUAUAUUGAUAAUGAUAAUAUUUUAAAAAAUAAAUUAAAUGAAAAUAGUUAUAUAAAAGAUAAUAAUUUAUUAACAGAAUUUAGAAAAGAAAAAAAUAAUAUAAACAUGUAUAGCAAUGAAUUAAGUGAUAGUGAAGAAGGAAAAGACGAGGAUAUCAAAUUGAAUAGUAACAAACCUAUAUAUAAUAAUCUUUUAUUUGAUUCUGUAAAAGUUAAAAAUAAUAAAUCAAACCAAAUUGAAAAAAGUAAAAAAAAAGUGACAUUUGAUAAGAUGGAAAUUAAAAAGGAUAACAUAAUGAGUAAUAGCAAGAGUAGUGACCGUUUUCAUAAAAAUCUGGAUGAGAAAAAAAAUAAGUUUGAAAUGAGUAGAGAAGUUAAAGAGAGAGAAAAAGAAUAUAAAGAAAAAAGAGAGAUGAAAAAAACUUUUAUGGAUGCUGUCCAUGAAAUUCGAAAAUUGACUUUACCUCAUUUAAAUAAAUUUCAAAGAAAGAAUGUAGAGAAUCAUCAGAUUAAAUUAUUAGGUGGUAAAUUUGAUAAGAGUCAAAAAGUUCAUUAUCCUGAACUUAUGCAAAGAAAAAAAUCGAUAAAAAAAUAUAUAUCGAAGAGAAAAGAAACAGAAAAGAUUUUGGGUGUGAAACUUCAAACAGGUGAUAGUAUUGAUAUGCAUGAUGUUUUUAGAAAAAAAAGUAAAAACAAAAAAUAUAAAAAAAAAACAAACUUAUUCUAG